CUUAAACUUCUUUAUAUAACUAAUCAUCCCAAUGUUGUAAAAUUCUAUAGAAUCUCACAAUCACCGGAGGAUAAUUUUAUGAUAGUACUGCAGCUUGCCACUGAUGAUAUUACACUUGGAUUGAUGCAUUUACACGAGAAAAACAUUGUUCAUCGGGAUUUGCAUGCAAAGAAUAUUCUAAUAAAUGAUGGCAGAGUCUUGAUUACUGACUUUGGAAUAUCAUCAUUAUUAUCGAUAUGCACAGAAUAG